CUGUAUUCCCAAUACAGUGAUUCUAGAUGACAGACUCGGUUUAACCGCGGCGCACCUUCCGCGUUUACAUGCAUAUGGUCAGCAAGGCAUGACACACACUGCUGCCAGCAUCUCCAGUCUCUGUUUUGACGGAUUAAGUGAGUUUGUUAACUUCAUGACACAAGUUGUUUUACUCGUGUGAAAGGAUUUAUCAGCGGACUGCAAUGUGGCGUUGCCAUUUGAUUCUCUAUCUGACAUGUAUCGCGUUUACUCAAUCUGCGGAUCUGCUUUGUAGCAGCGUUCCAGAGUUCAAGCAUGAUCAAACUCAGUCAUUUUCGGUGAUGCCUGGCCACAGCGUGGUCCUCACCUGUGAAGCCUCCAUGGAACUGAACCGCACCGAUUCAGACUGCAAAGACCACCUGGAGUGGAUGAAAGACGGCACACUGCUUACCAACCUCACCAGCUACCCUCAAAAUAUAAAAGACCAGUACCCUGAUGAGACUCACAUCAUUAAGAGCAAUGAAUUAACGCUGACCCUGAAAGAUCAGGCUGAUUUUGGUGUGUAUAUCUGCAUGGUGAGGAACAGCACAGCGCAAUUCAACGUAAAGGAAUACAAAUCCCCAAGUCACACCGGGGCAGUGGUGGCGUCAGUGGUCCUGUUGCUUGUGCUCGCACUGGGAGCGGUGGUCUAUUCCAAGUGCCGACUCAACUUUAAACUGUGGUAUAGGAACAUUUACGGAGAGUAUGAGCUCAAUGAUGGCAAAAUGUAUGACGCCUACAUCUCAUAUGUCAACAAUGAGAAUGACAGGAAAUUUGUCAACUUUAUCCUGAAACCCCAUUUGGAGAACAAGUACAGUCAUAAACUACUGCUCAACGAUACAAACAUCCUUCCUGGAGCUGAGCCGUCUGCAGAGCUGCUGAUGAACGUUAGCCGCUGUCGCCGGCUAAUUGUUGUUCUCUCACAGUCGUACCUGGAGCAGGAGUGGUGCACAACCAACUUUAGGCAGGGUCUGUGGCACUUGAUGGAGCUGUCGAGGAGGCCCAUCUUCAUCAUAUUUCAGACACAGCAGAAGCAAAUGAGCCAGGAUAUCAGUCACCAGCUGAGACAACACCAGCCCCGAAUCACGACCAUCACCUGGGGCGCACACUCCAUGACCCCUUCUUCAGGCUUCUGGAAGGAGCUCGCGCUGGCGAUGCCACGUAAGGUGGCGUUUCACGGUGAAUCUGCCGGCGAUCCACAGACUCUGCUGCAGGGCGAUAAAGAUCCCAUGCUCACCCAGCAGCCCGAUUACUUGGACUGCAGACCGGACCCCGAUCCUGCAGGAGACCUGGGUUUGCGUUUACCCAUAUACAAGAACCUUCCCUCCAGAGCUCCGGUGCUUCCUGCAGGUCCAGCUGUGACGGCUGAACCCAAGCCCCCAGAGAUAGACGUGUCUGACCUCGGCUCGAGGAACUACGCCGCACGCACUGACUUUUACUGCCUGGUCUCAGAGGACGACAUCUGAGACACACUCCUGUUCAUUCUUUUGCACUUUAAAAUCACUUUUCACCCAAUGAUUUCUUGUUACUGUCACUUUGUUUUGUUGAUCUACCUACACCCAUAUGAUCAUGUAUGCACAAUCCUUUAUGCUUUUAUGCAAAAUGUUUUAUAACAUUUCAUGUACAGUCAUGGGGAUUUUGGCUCUGUAUAUAUUUAAGUUGUGGCGUCCGUGUGUCUGUGUGUUUGUGCCUGAUUCACUACUAUAUACAACAGUGGAUGAAAAACAGUACGUGUUCAUGCUGUAUGUCACGUGAUAUAAAUUAUAAACCAAAGGGUGAAUGUAAGAAGUCAGUCACUCCCAGUCAGAUCACUGUUUCAAUUUAAGAUUGUUGAAAUAUAAAGUAAAAUAAUGUAAAUAUACCUCAUUUUUCUACUUUUCUGUCAUAUUUUUGGACCAAUUUUUAAUGAAAAUUCAGUCAGAAUAAAAGUUAAUGUGAAACUGUG